AUGGAUUCCGAGAGCAAUGCUAUGGACCGGGAGCACUUCUGUAGAGGUUCCAAAUCUGACAGUCAAGUGUGCGAUUGCGAAGAAUUCUUUGCUCGGUCGCAGGAUGAAGGCCACUGCGUGGAGUGUGGUCACGGUCGCAGCAAACACCCUCGCAAGGCAUCGACUCGGAGUGGCAAACCACUGGAAGUUCAAGAGGAUGAACAGCCUCACCGACUUGGAAAUACCUCAGCUGUCGUCAAGGAUAUUUUUGACCGAAUCGCUAGUGGUGGCAAAAGUGUCAACGAAAAGUUGUCCACCACCAAGCGACUCACUGAAGCCGGUGUACCACUCGCCAAUGCCCGAGAGGAAGCCUUAUCGACUCUUUCUUCCACCCGACUUGCUGGUUACAGUAAGCUGGCUAAGGGCCCAGUGUCGUCGGGCUUGCGAAAGGAUCGCAAGGAUACUAUGAGUAGCUCACUGCAACCUAGUAAAAUUGGAAGCCAAGCACGCAGGAGCACUAUGUCUAACCUUUCCACGACCGGAGCUAACACUUUUCGUGUCGCAUCAAUUGCUCUAUUGACUUGCGGUGUCGAUAGAAACGGUCUCAUCAGAGCACCUAAGGCCCCAACCAAGAAUGGCCAGAAUGAAAUCCAGGCUAUGAAGAACCGGGGUUGUUACCUUGACCGGCCUGAGCAAUUUAUCAUCGAUAGCGGAUGGUCCUACCACAAGAUCACCAGCCAGUUACGAAGCUGGUUUCCUAAGGUAUUCGAUUUUCUGGAUAUCCCAGUUGAGAAGCGACCAUCAGCGCCAUCACGAUCAUUAGCACGGCCGACACAAGACGAAAAGCCUAUUUGGCGACUCCUUAACAAGAGUGGACAGACAUUAACGGUUGUCAAUGUUGCAUUUCCGACUGGGACUGACCUAAUGAAACACAAGGGCCGAGAUAAAGCAAGUGUCAGCGAGUGUCACCUGUGGUUUGUCACACGGAACCGGAUUCCAGACAACGUUUACGAAUCUUGGAACACUCAACCGGUCGUAGCUGGUUCGGAUUCCGAACACGAUGAUUGCAGUGAUGUGCUUUUGUCUGACGUGGACAGUCUCAAUGAUUCGUUUAUCUCCAAGUCGGACAAUGAGCUUGCGAGUUCUUUGAUGGAACUGGAGUUGACUGAUGCUGAGGUCGAGGAUCCCAAAGGCAAAGGAAAAAUGAAGGUUGUAUCGCCAAAGAGAACUAACAUGAAACGAACUCGCACAGUUCUUUCCCCUGAGCAAUCGCCAUCGGAGGUUCAGAGAGCAAUUCGAAAGAAAAGUAAAGUUAAACAGGAAUCAGCUAAUGAUGUUCAAGCUGCCAUUCCCUUGUUUUUUACGGAAUCUGGGCCAUCGACAGGCUCUCAGCCAUUUCCGUUGACUCAACUUGCUCAGUCCAAUAGCCUCAAAACGGCGUCGUUCCGUAGCAGUCCACUCGGAGUGCCAGCUGGUACUGCCAUUCAAUUCCUAAAGUCGAAGAGUGCAUUAUCAUCCCCACCCGAAUUCGUGUCAGUCAGCGAGGCGGAUGUCUUGUGGCGCAGUCGAUCACACGUUGACGACCCUUUUGCACCGGAGCAGAUCAAUCCCUGGGAUUCUCGCUAUUCCAUGAAGCCCGCUAACCUCCAGCUCAUGUGA